AUGGUGGAUUUUCUAGACCUAUGGACCAAAGAGCUGGCCAUCCUUGAACGACUGAAGCAUAUUGCAGGUGCCGCAACAGUUCUCAUCUACCGGAUCUAUGAGAUCCUGACGAAGUGCACGGUGCGAGCAAAUGCUCCCAUCAAGGAACUCAUGAACAUCCAGCACGAGCUUCCUCCCUUCAUGCGAGAUACCGCCUCCAAGCGCCUGAAAGAUCCGGAGAUCGCCCGCAUCGAGGACAACGUGGAACGCACCAUCGUCGCCAUUGAUGUCCUCGGUAGCUAUCACCAGGAGAGGCGUGCCAUGAAGGCCACGGAAGCUCCCGCACUGAUCCGUCAAGAGCGACGGCUGCGGUUGGGGCUGUCGCAGGCGCGCUUUGCGCUGAGAACGCGGCGAUGCUUCUGGGAGAGUGGCUUGGGUGGCUUGGGAGGUCCCAAGAUCACCAACCUGGAGAUCUUUCAAUGCCAAUUUUUGCGAUUGAUGGCUUGGGAGGUUGGCAGCUUUCAGCCGGUCCGUACCGUUCUGCGCCAUGGGAGCGACACCUGCUCGCCGUCGCAGAAGCGCCGCAGUCGCAGCAGUGCUGUGUGCACUGCCAUGCGCGCGGUUGGCGGAUGUUUGCUGGAAUGUACCGAGGCAUUUCCUGGUAACGAUCCGCAGUUCCAAUGCUCAAGGCCUGCUGAACUGGGAGAUGUCAAAGAUGGGACGAGGCCCCAGCGUCCCAGUGCCAAAACGCUGCCUGAGAAGCAAACGAUGAACUCCUGGCCUUCAGCAGAGUCGGCGGUGCUGAGGAGGGUGAGCGAGCCGAAACUCGCAAAGACAGACAGCCCGCAACGCUUAAAGGUGACUUGCUUGGACACAGAUGAGUUUGAGGAGCGGCCUGACGAUCUCGCCAGCAAUGAGUGGCAACGCAUGAAUGCGACCGGUGCCUUCAUUGGGCUUCGGUAUGCAUACAGUGAUUUUUGGAGGAAUUUGACUUUCGGAGUUUCACCAUCGAAGUAUCGCAUCAUCACAGGUCCUGGAGAUACGCAUGUUCAGGUCGCCCAAGCCGAUUCUGAAGAAGAGUGUCUUGAUUUGCUGAAAAAGCUCAAUUCCCUCAAUGCAGAAGAUGUCAUGGCUGCACAUUCUUCAGACAGAAAGGACAUGCUGCACCAACUUGUCGAGAGAGCUAAGAGCACACAUCAUGUGGCAGUUGCAAAUGAGCAUCAGGAAUUUCUCUCGACAGAAAUGCUGCAGAAGAUGUCCAAUCUUGAGAAUGAAAAUGCCUCGCUUAAACAAAAACUUGAAGAGGCGCAGAAAGCAGUCCGAACGAAAGAGGCUGAGAAGCAGGUUGCAAAGGAGUUGAACAAUGAGGCCAAGCCGGCAAAGUCACCGACUGAGGUCACCUAUAUGGAGAAUUGCCCAGACAAUUUGGGCCAGCCGAGUAGCACUUCUGGUGAUGCUUCUGGCUCUGAGUUGAGUGGGGCACUGCCAGAAAUUUCGGCCAAAGCACUCACUGCCAAGGCCUGCAUGAGCGAAGAUGCUGUGUCGCUACUCUUCCCGCAGUGUCAUGGACUAGCCCACACUAUGGAGCUCGGGGAGCUGGAGGGCAUGAGUUUUGAGCAAAGGGUGAUGCACGGCCCAUUCUGCUCUAGUGUGGCCAAGCAGUUUUGGCAGCUUGCAGCAGCUCCAUACGGAGCCAUUAGCUGCAAUCAUGUCGAGGUGGAGGGCAAACUUUGGGAAGUGAUUGCCCACAAUCCCUCCACAGAGAUUCUUGUCAUUGGCCGAAAGGAUCCAAAAACAUCCAUUUUGGAGGUUGGUUGUCGCGGAACAGUGACGGAAGAUGCCUAUGGCAACACAAGUUGGGCAAACUGGUCUCUGAAUUUAUGUGCACUUGCAGUUCCCUUGCGAGGUAUUGAUGGUGAAAACUUGACGGUGUCCGUGCACAAAGGCUUUCAGGAUGCUUACCUUGCCAUCAGUUCGUCCUUGAUCUCGUGGCUCGAGAAGUCGGCUGGAGACAAAGCCCUGGUUCGCAUCGCUGGUCAUUCCCUUAGUGCUGCUUUGGCAACUUUAUUUGCGGUGGACAUCAAGCAGCGCGGAUGGCAGAUUGACGGGGUUGUGACGUUUGGCAGCCCGAGGGUUGGCCAAAGCAGAUUCAGAUCCCUGUAUCAGGAAUUGGGUCUUCACCGUCUUACUGUGCGCUUUGCCAACAACUAUGACCCUGUGCCCUGGGUUCCUGCAGAAUCUUGGGGCUUCGUGCAUGUCGUGGAGGGAUAUGCUUUGGGUUUGCAGGCCCCUAACGGCAGCCCCCAUUCUAUGACAGGUAGUUCCACAUCGUACGUGCACACCUUGCAGGAUGCAGUUGAUGGCCGCGUAGUGCAACACAUCGUCCUGCGCGGGGUGAAUUUGAUCACCGAUAUGAACUGCAGGGAGUCUGCAUCGUCUAGCCUGGCGCUGCAAGUGAAGCAGGAGUUGAAGGUCGACAUCGCCCUGCUCCGGCAAGAUGUCUCCAAACUUGCCGAGGGCAUGCAGGCAGCCGUGCGAGAGCUCAAGAAUAAUGUGAGGCAGGUUCAUGACUGGAAGGAUGUUUUAGACAUGGAGACUCUGAUUGACAUUGUGAAGCACUACAAGGCAAAACUGCAGACAUGGCAGCAAGGUGUUCCUGGGUGGUUCGUGGACUACAAGAAGCGACUGAAGAGAAUCCUUGAAGCAGCAAAGUUGGAGUUGCAAGACGUGAGCUCACAGGUGGCACCGAAGUUCGUCGUACUGUAUCUGCAUGCUGCAUCCUUCCUCAUCGCUGCCAUGGGUCCCUCAGGAGCGUGCUCGAAAGACGUAGGGAAAGAAAUUGAAGACUUUGUUGCAGCGGCAAAGGAAGUGGUUUCGAAGUGUUUCCACUUGAACACGCCCCUGCUGCAUGAGAUCGUGCAACUUCUGCCGAUCACUCACGAUGUUUCCUCACUUGAGGAUGGGGAAGUCCACAUAAGUUUGCAGGGAGGGGUCUUGAAGCUUCGUGGCAGAAGCUGCCAGCUUGGAUCCCCUUUGUUUCAACUGAUGAAAUGGAGUCAAGACCGCAACGCGGACAUGCUGGAAUUGAUGCGAGUUAAUAACAGACGCAUCUGUGCAGCAGCUUGCCAGCGCAAUGCCGCAGAACCUGACCUCAUUGACUUUGAAUUUCGGGUGGUGCCGGUUAAUAACAGACGCAUCUGUGCAGCAGCUUGCCAGCGCAAUGCCGCAGAACCUGACUUCAUUGACUUUGGAUUUUGCAGGAUGCGAGUUAAUAACAGACGCAUCUGUGCAGCAGCUUGCCAGCGCAAUGCCGCAGAACCUGACCUCAUUGACUUUGAAUUUCGGGUGGUGCCGGUUAAUAACAGACGCAUCUUUGCAGCAGCUUGCCAGCGCAAUGCCGCAGAACCUGACUUCAUUGACUUUGAACUUCGUGUGGUGCCGGUUAAUAACUUAAUAACAGACGCAUCUUUGCAUCAGCUUGCCAGCGCAAUGCCGCAGAACCUGACUUCAUUGACUUUGGAUUUUGCAGAACCUGACUUCAUUGACUUUGAACUUCGUGUGGUGCUGGUUAAUAACAGACGCAUCUGUGCAUCAGCUUGCCAGCGCAAUGCCGCAGAACCUGACUUCAUUGACUUUGAGUUUCGGGUGGUGCCAGUUUAUAACAGACGCAUCUGUGCAGCAGCUUGCCAGCGCAAUGCCGCAGAACCUGACCUCAUUGACUUUGAAUGUCGGGUGGUGCCGGUUAAUAACAGACGCAUCUUUGCAGCAGCUUGCCAGCGCAAUGCCGCAGCCUUCUAUAUCAACACAGACCUGGACAGUGCGCGGCGCGAAGGGCUGGAAAUCACCUGCCUGCAGCUGGAGCUGGACUGCGAACGCGUGGUGCCACCGAAACUCAGCAGCCCAGAGGUGCAACGCUGUGUGGAGCAGACGCCCCUGCGAUCCUUCGAGUGUUCCCUGGUGCAUGCGCACAAGAAGAUCCUGGAGCGGAUCAGUCGUAGCUCCUCCAGGGCGUUGGUUUUGGAGGAUGAUGCACGAUUGAAUGGGCAGCUGGCUACUGAGGAGGCCAAGGAGUUUUUGGCUGCCACUUCUGGUGACUUUAUCAUGGCUGGCUGGUGUGAUCCAUCCUGUGCACAUGCGUAUUUGGUGUCACCCAUUGGGGCUUCCAUGCUACUGGAUAGAGGCUUUGCUCGGCCAAAGUUGCCGGCGGAUGCCAUGUUCCCAGCGUUUGAAGUGCAGGAUGUGCUGUUUCCAGAGAAGUGCCCUGGUGGAUAUCCCGGCGACAUGGGUCUAUUUUGCCAAGAUCGAUCAACGCCGCACUGCAAAUCCUACUCGUACUAUUGA